AUGGUCUUUGCUGGCCUCCUGGGCACCGCCAAACAGCCGCGUCGACGGCAAAGUUCUGUCGCCAGCGGCCGUAGCGGCUUCCUGCGCCCGGGAUCGUCUUCGAGCGCGCGCACAGUAGACGAAAAGGAAAAGGAAAAGGGCAAGGAUGCAGACGAUGCGAUCGACGACAAUGAGGAAGAUACCAGUGGUGAAGACAGUGCCAAUGACGCAAACGACGCCGCCUCGACCCGGACGAUGAAUAGUGCCCGUAGCGCCCGCAGCGGAGAGGGCGCUCGCAGUGGACGCAGCACAGCAGCAAUCUCGCCAUCAUCACCACCCUCACACCCUCCGGACUUUAUCGCCGACGAAACGCACCUCGCGCCCGUCUUUCGUGAAGCGCCCGACCUACGCGAGCUCAACAACAGCUUGGCUGCUCUUGCCGUCGUUUUUCCCGAUGUCCAGGUGGAUGUGUUCCGCGAGAUGCUGACCAGCUUCGACGGCGAGUCCCGGCUGGCUCUCGUUGCCGACGCUCUCCUCAAGAGCAGGGCCACCUGGGUCAAGGGACGCUGGCGCAUCGCCGACAAGGACAAAUCCCCGCCGCUGCCCUCGGCCUCGUCCUCCGCCUCUUCUUCUGUCACUCCGACCGCUUCUGCCAUCUCUGCCGCCGAGCGGUUCCGUACCCCCGAGUACAAAAAAGCCGUCAAGACCCUCGCCAGCCACGAGUUCAUGGGUCUCUCUCGCUCCACAAUCAACGCCGUACUGGCCGAGCAGAACUACGCCUACCUCGACGCCCGCCGCACCCUCGUCGAGAUGUCCUCCAAGUCCUGGCGCUUCACCAUCUCGUCGCUCUUUUUGCGCCGCAAACCCGUUGCCUCCACCGAGGCCGAGAACCACCCCCUCAUCAUCUGGAAGUCCACGGGCCAGGGGUCUAUCAUCCCGACCAUCAAAGCCACCGGCAGCGCCGAGCUCGACCGCGAGCUGUACACCGCCCUCGUCGCGCCGCUGAGAGCACAGAAACGCUCCGAACAGGAAGAUGCUGACCGCACCAUGGCGUCCGCUCUCAACACCGCCGAGGCCGAGGCCGCUGGCGCCACCUUUGAGUGCGCGUGCUGCUUCACGUCCACCACAUUCGAAGAGGUGACGACGUGCAGCAACAGCGACGGGGGUGAUGACGGUGACGGUGCGCAUAUCAUUUGCUUCCGCUGCGUGCAACACUCGGUCCGCGAGGCAGUCUUCGGCCAGGGCUGGGCCCGCACCAUCGACACCAGCCGCGGCACCUUGUGGUGUCCGGCCGUCUCCCAUACCGAGUGCAGAGGCAUCAUCCCCGUUGACCACAUGCAGCGCGCCCUGCUCGACGAGAAGCGUGGUGCCGACACCCUGCAGCAUCUCGAUCGCCGCCUGGCCGACCACAGCCUUGUGGGGAGCGGUCUACCUCUCGUGCGCUGCCCCUUUUGCGCCUACGCCGAGAUUGACGAUAUCUACGUGCCUUUCCACGAGGCUCCGCUACGAAUUCGCGUCGAUGGCCUCUACAGCCUCGCUUUUAUCCUGCUUGUGUCCGGCGUGACCCACGUCCUAAUCCUUCCGCUUCUUGUGUUGUUGGUCCUCGUCACCAUCCUGCCCGGGUUUAUGGCCCCCGUCGGCCUCGCUUCAUGGGUUGUGUCUGCAUGGAGUGUCCUCAAAUACAACUUUGGCGGCGUUGGUAGCGAUAGUAGCAGCAGCAGCAACAACAACAACAACAACAACAACAACAACAACAACAACAACAACAACAACAACAACAACAACAACAACAACAACAACAACAACAACAACAACAACAACAACAACAACAAUGGCACAUUGCGACGGAGAAAGACAGCAGCCUCCAGUAAGCCCAACUACUUUUGCGAACAGGUCUCAGCAGCCGUUACCCGCUUCCGCCGCCGCCGCCGCGGCCAGCAGUUCCGCUGCCAAAACCCGGCCUGCGCGCGCGUCUCGUGCAUCGGCUGCUCCAAGGCCUGGACCGACAUCCACGUCUGCCACGAGUCCAGCCUCGUUGCACUGCGCACCCAGGUCGAGCAGGCCAUGAGCAUGGCCAUCAAGCGCGUCUGCCCCCGCUGCCACACCUCGUUUGUCAAGGCCGUCGGCUGCAACAAGUUGACCUGUCCCUGCGGAUACAAAAUGUGCUAUGUUUGCCGCAAAGACAUUAGCGGCAACGAAGGGCCCGACGCCGGCUACCGCCACUUUUGCGAGCACUUCCGGCCCCACGGCGACGGCCGUCCCUGCACCCAGUGUCGCCGCUGCAACUUGUGGGAGACGGAGGACACCGAGGCCGUGCUCCAGGCCGCCCGCGAGGAGGCCGAGCGCAAGUGGCGGGAAACGGAGCAGCGUGACCUGAGCCUCUCCGAGCGCGCGUACCUGGAGACGGGUAUUGCGAUUGGCGGCGGCACGGCGGCCGGUGGCAGCGUCAGCGUCAGCAUGGGCAGCAGUGGUGCCGGCGGCCCCGGCGUCGGUUUCGGUGCCACACCAACCGGUGCCAUCCUUGCACGGCGUGCGAUGACGGGCGUGGUGGCAUGGGCGACGUCGCUGCUGUCGUGGUCGCCGUUGUCCGGCAAAGAAGACGGUGGUGGUCGACGCACGGCGGCCGAGGCUUUUGACGCUGCCAACCAGGCCCGGUUCCCAACCUUGGCCGAGACCCUGGACUGGCUACUUGAGAGCAUCCUUGUAUGA